GUCAUUUCGACGCAUGGACGACAACAUGGCGGUCGCCCCCGCGUUUGCGGCGGAUUUUGAAUCGAUCCCGGACGCACUCAUUGACGUGUGCCUUGCAGACGACGUGCAUUUGAUCGACACGUUUCUUCAACAAGGGGGUCUCCAGCACAUCGAUGCGACGGGGAAGCACGACCGAACCCCGCUCAUGAUGUCCGCGGCAUGGAAUGCCAGCCGCGCUGUGGAGCUCCUGGUGAGACGCGGCGCCAACGUCCAUUUGAAGGACCCCGACGGCACGACCGCGCUGCAUCUCGCCGCCGAGAACAACGCCAAGCAAAGUGUCCAAGCCCUUGUGCAUGCAGGGGCGCUUCUAGACGACCAAAAUGCGUGGGGGCUCACAGCACUCCAUCUUGCUGCGGGCGGCGGCCAUGUCGCCUGUGCCAAAGAGUUGCUCGUGGCGGGGGCCCGCCUCGACUUGACGACCGUCGACGAUGGCGACACAGCUCUCGACUUGGCGCUGCGGGAUGGCCACCAGUCGACGGUGUUGCUGCUGCGAGGGUGGGACCCCCAGUGGUCUUCGCGCCUGUGUCGCCACCGCCUCGAGCCGGCCAUGCAGACGUGGACGCAAGCUCACGUCGCCGACUUUCUCCGGUCCCAUGCAAUGUCCCAAUACGUUCCGCAGUUUCUGGCGCACAACAUCGAUGGCCUCGCCCUGUCAGAAAUGACAGACACAACGCUCGAAAGCAAACUGAAAAUGGACCGACCCAAACAUCGUGUGCGCCUCCUGGAAGCCAUCAUGUUCACACAACUCCACUCGACGGCGAACCACGCGCACUUGCCCCCGGAAGGGGCCACGCAUCCCGCCAACACCGAUGCGACCAAGUCCACGGUGGCACCGUUGCCGCCUGUCAGUCCCCCUCGCCGCCCCUGGCCGACAUCCCCAUCACCCUACUUAGCCCCUCCGUGGUUUGACUAGCUGAAGUCACGCGAUGUUUCCCGAUUCCUACUUUAGCAACUCACAUUCGCCAGUGGGGUCCUCGCCUCCGUCACAACAAAGUCCGUCGGUCGCUGUGGGUUAGCGCAGCUAUAACUAACAUUGGUCCCC